CAUGGAGGCCAUGCACGCCACCACCAAUCGGAACCCCUUCCCUCGCCUGGCUGUCCUUCUCCUGCUGGUCGCGAUCGCGGCGGCACAGCCGUUGCCGGUGGCGCCACCGCCCGAAGACGCGGGCUGCAACGGCGUCCUCCUCACCUACACCUUCGAGGGCCGCGAGAGGAUCAGGCCGUUCCUCGACCCAACCACCGAAGCAGACUCACAGCCCUACUCCUUCCGCGCCAACGCCACCGUCCUCAACUCCGGCGUCCGGACGCUCCCGUCCUGGGCGCUGCUGCUCACCUUCAUCCACGGCGAGAUCCUCGUUGGUGUGGAUGGCGCCGUGCUCACCUCCGGCGCCGACCUGCCGUACAACACCACUGCGGCGCCCACAACGACGACGUCCUUCUCCGGGUACCCGCAGACGGACCUCCUCACGCCGAUCGCCACCGCUGGCGACCUGUCCAAGAUACAGGCGACGGUGAGGCUCUAUGGCACGCUCUUUGCCGGGCCGGAGCCGCUCCUGCCGCUCCCGUCCGCGCUCUCCCUCUCCGACCCGGCGUACAACUGCUCACCGCUCGCCCCCGCACCAACGACGACCCGCUCUACGUGCUGCGUGCUCAAGUCCCCAGAUCAACUCGCGGCCGAGGCGCCGGCCGGGAGCGCCGCCGCAUCCUACCUCCCGCGCGUGGCCGGCGACCUGGUGAUCACCUACGACGUGCUCCAGGCGCACGAGAGCACGUACCUGGCGCUGCUCACCCUCGAGAACGACGCGCCGAUGGGCCGCCUCGACGGGUGGGAGCUGUCGUGGGAGUGGCAGCGCGGCGAGUUCGUCAACACCAUGAGAGGCGCCUACCCGAGGAAGGUGGACGCGAGCGAGUGCCUCUUCGGGCCGCAGGGGCAGUACUACAAGGACAUUGACUUCUCCAAGGUGCUCAACUGCGAGCGCCGCCCCGCGGUGUUCGACCUGCCGCCGGAGCGCCGGCAAGACGCGUCCAUGGGACAGAUCGAGCACUGCUGCAGGAACGGGACAUUGCUUCCCAAGUCCAUGGGGGACGGGACGCAGUCCGUCUCGGCGUUCCAGAUGGAGGUGUACAAGAUGCCGCCGGACGUGAACCGGACCAGCAGGCUCCACGCUCCGGCCAACUUCAGGGUCACCGGCGCGUCGACGCUGAACCCGGAGCACGCGUGCGGGCAGCCCGUGCCGGUGAGCCCCUCGGAGUUCCCGGAUCCGAGCGGGCUCGAUUCCACCACGCUCGCCGUCGCGUCGUGGCAGGUGUCGUGCAACAUCACCGUGGACGACACGAGCAAACCGUCCAAGCCACCGCAGUGCUGCGUGUCCUUCUCCUCGUUCAACGACGAGUCGGUGGUCCCUUGCAACACCUGCGCGUGCGGCUGCCCUGCACCGGCGACGAGGACCUGCAGCGCGACGGCCCCGGCCAUGGUCCUGCCGCCGUACGCGCUGCUGAUGCCGUUCGAGAGGCGGGACAAGGAGGCGCUCAAGUGGGCGCACGACAAGGAGCUGGGCGCGCCGCCGGACCCGCUGCCCUGCGGCGACAUGUGCGGCGUCAGCGUGAACUGGCACCUCGCCACGGACGCCGCCGGCGGGUGGAGCGCGCGCAUCACGCUCUUCAACUGGGAGGACUCCGACAUGCGGGACUGGUUCGCCUCCGUGGUCCUCGACGACAAGGUCUACGGCGGCUUCGAGCAGGCAUACUCCUUCAACGCCACCGCCGCCGGGGACGGCACCAUCUUCAUGCGCGGCAGGGAAGGCUUCGACGUCCUCAUCAGGGAGAGCAACAUGAGCGGCGUCGACUACCCCGUGCCCGGGAAGCAGCAGUCCGUGCUCUCCUUCACCAAGAAGACGUCGCCUGCCGACGUCGACGUGCUUCGCCGCGACGGGUUCCCCACCAAGGUGUUCUUCAACGGCGAGGAGUGCGCCAUGCCAAACAGGAUUCCGAGUCACGGCGGGAUUGGCGCUCGCGCUAGCCGUGCUGCUCUCCUCCUCUUGCUGUCGUUGUUUUAUUUGCUGGUGUCAUCAGCUUAA